AUUUACUUUCCCCGCUCCCAACCCCAUCGUCCUUGGAAAAUAAGCGCCUACUCACAUAGGUAUUAACCCUCGAGUAUACACCAGCUUUGAAGGGGCUAGCACCGGUUCGGAUUGCACAGUUGCACGGUUGCAUUGCGAAAGAAAUCAAGCACACUCGACCAUCGACCUCCAGCCCACAGCCUCGCCCACGUCUGGAGCAUCAUGAAUCCACCAUCUGUCUCAGUGUCUCAGAGCGGGCAGGAGAACAGCGCUUCAAUGGCCUCAAAGCCAGAAACGAGAGCCCAGCCCUGGAAGGCUCACUGGCCGCCACCGAAAGGGACACACGUGGAGAACGCAUACGGCUUCGCGAAAGGGGAGGCUAUUCACAUCUACGGCAAUUAGCUAUCUCAUGACGCACGAUACCAUUCCUUCUGGGUAGGGGUGUCAUAUACAAGGCAGCGGUUGGGAGACAACCGUUUUGAUUCGAAGUAGGAUAUAUGCAAUACCAAUGGAAGUAAAAUGCAAGCAAAUUGAAAAUAAAGAGUC